GUUCCUGUCAAAGACGCUUCGGGGACACCAGCCAGCCUUGCCGCCCCUAAGAAGGCGGCGCUGAAGUCGGCGCUGAAGCAGGUCCCUUCACCCGCUGACGUUCAGAGGAAGGUAGACGUUGCUCAGAGCCGCCGCCAGCUGCGUCGCAAUUCCCGAGUGCGAGCAGCGCUGCGAGCUUCCACCAGCAGCUCCGAUGCUAGCGAUGACGAGGAGCCGGAACACCGCGACAAGCGGGGGCGUUCUGUGACCACCCGGUACAUACGGAACACUCAGCGCGAGGUUCUGCACGAGGCGGCCCGAGCCCUCAGGAAGGCCAAGCACGCUUGUUUGCUCUACCGCCGAAAAUUCAGCCCCCAGCCGUGGCCAGGCAAUGCCGCAGAUCACUAG